AUGUCUCAUUCGCGAGCGAUACUCAAGCAAGAUGUCUGGCAUGUCGACAAGGAUGUCGAAGAGCCUGCAUCACAGGAAGUUGUCGCCCUGCAUUAUGAACGAGCACAAUCAAUGUGCCGCCAUGCUGCCUUGUCACUUGACGAUAUCCAACACUUGAGCCAAAAGUUUUGGAACUUUCAUUUUGACUUGAUUGCCGCCCGUGACAUGGCGGCAUUUAUCAUCGCGACCAUCCAUGUGAACCUCUGCAUCGGGACGCUUAGUUCUUUCGUCAGAGACCGCCCUGACCUUCAAGAUCUUGUUGAGAAGUUAUUGAAUUUCGACAUCUGCGGCCAAUUCAUGCUCACAGAGGUUGGCCACGGCUUGGACGCACGUAAUCUGGAGACCAGGGCGACACUACAGCCAGAUGGCUCCUUCGAUCUCCACACCCCCAACACCGCGGCGGCAAAGGCGAUGCCUCCGACUACGCCCUAUGUGGAAUGCCACAACAUGAAACCGGGGAUCACAUCACGAAUCUUGCCUACGAGGCCCGGAACUAAGCCCUUAGAUCAUUCAAUCACAACUUUCGAGCAUGUUCGCUUACCUCGAAAUGCCCUCCUCGGUUCCAUUUCCAAGUCGAAAGAUGAACGUGCCGAUUUUCUCCGCCAGAUCUGGCGGGUUUCAAUAGGGACGUUGUCACUUUCGAUCAUGGGCGUUUCUGCCAUCAAGGUUGGGACGCACAUCGCUGGUACUUACAGCCAACGACGAACAAUUACCGCUCCUGACGGGCAUACACGCGUACCAAUCAUGAGCUUCAGCACCCAGAAGCGUCCAAUCAUCGAGGGAUGGGUGCAGGGUAAGAUCCUUGAACUAUACGCCCAUUGGACCGUAAAGGCAUUCAUGAAUGCCGACCAUGGCCCGCUCACGCGGCAUGCCCUUGCCACCAUUUUCAAAUCAACCGUUGUUCGAGCUUCACGCAUUUUGAAUGAGCUUACGGAGCGAUGUGGUUGGCAAGGCCUUUUUGCGUACAACCAGAUUAGCGAGUUAGCAUUGACGUUUCAGGGUAAUGCCAUUGCUGAAGGGGACACCUUGGUCCUGUGUAUACGUGCGACUGGUAUCAGAACUUCUUGGAGGGAAAUACGCCUUCCGGCGCCACAAGAUCCGACGACAGUUUUGGCUCGCCGUGAACGGCAAAUGAUGGAAGCUGCCAGGUCCAAACUCAAGGAUAUUGGUGGAUAUGGUGAACACAGAGGCCAGGCAUUCAAUCAGCAUAUUCUUCCUUGCUGUCGCCCUAUAGCUGAGGCAAUCGGCCACCGCAUGGCUUACGAGGCAGCAAGAGAAUCAGGGGCCUGUCCAAAAGUCCUCCGUCUAUACGAACACAUGUGCGUCGGUACGGACUUCAGACAUUGUUCAUCCGACGGCCAUGUGCUCCAAGCGAUCGGGGACGCCGCAGUUGAGGCAUACGAUGAUGUGUUGGCCGACAUGUUGCAGUCGCUGCAAAACUAUGAAGCGGAUGCCUACACUACUGCACCUAUCAUGUCGGACCAGUCAUGGGCCAGUUUCGUCGAUAAGAUGCAGUCGUUCAAGCAUCCGAGCGAUCAUGCUCGAGACAUCCAACCCAAACUCUAA